AUAUUUCCAUCUAAUCGGUUCGAUUCUUUUCGGUUGUUUCUUCAGUACUUUUUUGAUCUUCUCUCUUUAAGAUUCUGAUCAGCAAUCAAUCGACAAUCAAGCUCACAGUUUGAAUUAAUCUUCGAGGAACGUAAAUACACACAUCAGAUGCUAUAACAAUUCAUUCAUCCGCGAAAAUCUACACUCUCUAUGCGAUCUCUACUUUGAAUAUCACAUUAAUCACAAUUCACCUGAUUAACGAUCUCAUGAUGAAUUCCGAAGAUUAAACCGAUCCGAACAGCUUCAGUUUUUCAACCGUCAAUUCAAUCAUCGAUACAAACCCUAGAUCUAAUCAAAUUUGGGGUUAGAGUUAUACAGAAAUGUCUUGUUUAGCUUUAUCUCUUCAACCUACGAAUGGAUCCGAUAUCCUUCUCCAAACACGCGAGUGGUUCCCUCCGGCUCGAGCGCUGGUCGCCCUUUCAGCUUUCCGGCAGACGCGUCUUGCUUUUGCCACCGGAAAAAACCAGAAUGCGGAGGACGGCGACACCUCUUUAGGAGACGACCCGCUGGCUGCCUCCAGUGGACAAGUCAUCGUCGGUGUUGAGAGCCGCUACCGUGUCGUUUACAGGUUGGUGAAUUCGAUCUAUGUGUUGGGGAUCACAACAGUUGAUGAUGAUUGCGUGAACAAUGUGUUCGAAUGCAUCAGUAUCGUGAACCAAGCAGUGAGUGUGAUUGUUACUGCUUGUCGUGGAGUCGAUGUUACACCUGAAAAACUUGGUAGAAAAUACGCAGAGAUCUACAUGGCUUUGGAUAUUGUUCUAAGAGGUGUUAGCAACAUCAGACUAGCUGCAAUGCUUGCAUCUUUACAUGGAGAUAGCAUAGCCAAAAUGGUUCAUUCAGCUCAAAGCACAGAAAGCAAAAUCAGAGGAGCAGAUUCAUGGAACAACAUUGAAGCUCAUUCAUCCGAACAUGAAUCAAGUGAGUUAGCCUUCUCAUCUGCUACAUUCGAACUCCCUCCCGAAACCCUAGAAGCCGGUGAUGAGGUGGCAGCCACCCUAGCCCGAACAGAACAGGGCCCACCAAUCGAACAACAAGAAGACUCUUCAAAACAAGAAGAUGAUCAAACAGAAAAAGAUCCAUUCGCAGCCAGUGACAAUCUCAACAAACCAGUCGAUCUUGUUGGUGGUUUCAAGAAAGAUAAAGAUCAAGCUUCUGACAUGGCAAUUGUUCUAUCCGGACUCGAAGUCACCACACUACCACCAGCUGCAGCAACCGAGUCAACUCACAUUGGUGUUGAAGGCUUUGAAGGCGAUUAUGGUGGGAUAGAAUUCAGCAAAGAUGGAUCCACUCUACCUGAAGAUUUCGAAGGUAUAAACCAAGCAUGGGGUGGAGGUUUAGAUGCAUCUGAAUUUGUUGAUUCAAAGAAAGUACAAAAACACGAAGGUCUAGGUGGACUUGAGCUAUUAGAAACCUCCAACACCCCAAUUACCAAAAACGCCCCUGAACCCGAACCUCUUGAAGAACUCCUAGUCAAAAAACCCGAAAUGAAAGGCCCCGAAAUGUACAUUCGUGAAGAAAUCAACGCAGAAUUUCGCGAAUCUUUACUUGCAAGAUCCGGAUUAAUGGGUACUGUUUUCUUAAAAACUCUUCCUCCAAAAUCUUCUGAUAACAAUAAUAACAAUCAAGAAACCGAAUUUUCUUUCCGAGUUGAAAACACAAACGGGGUUAAACGCUUUGUGAUGAAUACUUCUUCUAUAACCAGUUUAGGAAACCAAACAUUCCAUUUAAAAACCCCAAAUUCAGAUCAACCUAUACCCAUUUUAAAGUACAGUUUUUUACCCCGUUUUACCCCUCUACCUUUAAGAGUCCGAUUAGUUAAACGCCAUAGUGGGACAUUAUUGUCUGUAAUGAUUCAGUAUGUAUCAAACCCUGAUCUACCUUCCCCUUUGACCAAUGUGACUUUUGUUCUUAAACUUCCGGUUGACCCGAGACUUUUAAAGGUGUCACCUAAAGCUGUGUUGAAUAGGUCUGAAAGGGAGUUACAAUGGCAUGUUGAUGAGAUUCCAUUGAAAGGGAAUCCUGUGAGAUUGAGGGCUAGGAUGCCUGUUGAUAGUAGUGGGGAAGAUGGUGGGGAGGAGGUUGAGGUUGUUGGGUUUGUCAAGUUUUGUUAUGAGGGAGUGAAGUCGUUGUCUGGGAUCUCUUUGUUGAAUGUUUCCGAGGGUAAAACGGACUUUUAUGAGGUUGGGCAUAGGUUUGAAAGUGGAGUUUAUACUUGUAAUUGAAUGUUUGAAUCUUUGUUUUGUGGUGUUAUUGUUUGGUUUAGUUUUUUCUUGUAUGUGGUUUGAAGUGGAUUUUUUUAGUAUUCUUUGUAUUGUAGAAUUUGAAUUGCUUGUUAUGAUCAAAGUUUUGUCUUUCUUUAA